AUGGUUAACUAUCUCCACGUCAUACUGCAGUGUGUUGACUGCGGUACCUUUAUUAGGAACCCUGAUCGCCAAGAUGGCGCCUGGCACGAGGACCACGACGAGGUUGACGAAAUGAGCCUUCGCUGUUUCACCUGUGUUCCGUGUCAUGCGAGCCGCAUGGCUAUGCAGGAUCAGCAUGAUCGACAGUAUCUACAGGGACGCCGGCAGGUAUACCAGCAGUACCAGCCCCAGCAGCAGCAGCAGCAGCAUCACUCGCAGUCCCAGCAUUUCCAAAUGCGUGGAUCCUUCAUCUGUCUCCAGUGUGUUGGUUGCCAUAUCUUUAUUGGCAAAGAUGAUCGCCAAGAUCGCAGCAGUGGUGAGGACGUCGACUACGUUACUGAAUCGACCUAUAACACUUUUAUCUGUCUUCAGUGUUGGACUCGCCGCUACGGUAGGCAGAAUCAGCGAGGUCAACAGCCACAGCAGCAGCAGCAGCAUCGCCAGCAUCGCCAGCAUCGUCAGCAUCGUCAGCAUCGUCAGCAGCCCUCGCAGUACGGGCAGCCCCCGCAGUACCAGGGCCAGUACCAGGGCCAAAGCCAGUUUCAGGACGACAACCGCAGCGACUAUUCUGGUCGUUAA